AUGGCAAGUAUGAACGGACAUGCAGGAAUCGUACAUCGCUCCCCGGAUCAACGUCUUUUACAUUUGCCGCUUCAAGAGGUCAAUGUGAAAGUAUGGAUGGUCGACGUGUCUGCGAGAGUCGUUCUUUCGCAAGUGUUUGAAAAUGUGUCAGAGAGCCCUACCAGCCGGGCCAAAUAUGUAUUCCCUCUUCCAGAGAGCGCUGCCGCUUGUGCCUUUGAGCUCGAGCAUGCUGAUGGUCGUGUUAUCGUCGGUGUCGCAAAGGAAAAGUCAGAAGCCGCACAAGCUUUCCAGAGUGCAGUGGACGCUGGAAAGACUGCGGGACUUGUAGAAUGGGUGACGGACGACAUAUUCACGAUUUCAAUUGGCUCAAUUCCCGCUCGAAAGAAGGUUACAGCAAGACUGACGUUUGUGAUAGAUCUUUUGGAUAAUGGAAGACGGGACCAAGUUCGUCUACAACUUCCGAUGGCUAUCGCCGAACGAUACGGCGAGACUCCAGUAGCCAUGCUCGAUGCAUCUACAACUAAUGAAAAGACGAUUAUCAAAAUCGCUGUGGAUGUUCAAGCCAGUGAUAAGAUCCAGGAGAUACGCAGCCCCACUCACCCGACGAUUGCUUACAAACGCUACAAGUCACGCACUGGAAAAAAGUCUGAACGACGGAUGCGCGUAACUUGGUGGUCUACGACGUUCCUCGACAAAGACUUCGUGUUGACAGUCCAUGCUCUUGGACUCGACAAGCCUCGGUGCUUCGCAGAAGUUGAUCCCCAGGGUCGUGAUACCAUUGCUAUGCAGCUCUCCCUUGUACCGAACUUCAAAAUUCCUCCCCUGGAUUCGCAAGAGUACAUUUUCGUCAUUGAUCGCAGCGGAAGCAUGAGCGGAGCCCCGAUGGAGACAGCUAAGCGCACGCUGGAAAUGCUCCUUCACCUAUUGCCGGAUUCACAGACGACUUUCAAUAUUUUCAGCUUUGGAACCAAUGUUGACGGUCUGUGGGGGAAAAGUGUGACAUUUAAUCAGACUGAAAUGCGUCGUGCGAUUUUGAGUGUACAAGGCAUGGAAGCAAACUACGGAGGGACAGAAAUUGCACAGGCCCUUCAGUUCGCUAUUGCGUCACGUAACUGCGACCGCCCGACUGCUAUGUUCGUCCUCACUGAUGGCGAUAUACAUACUUCCGCAAAUCUUGACCCAUUCACGGUUGUCUCCAGAGCUGUGAAAGGCUGCAAGACCAAUGCACAAUUGAGAGUAUUUACUCUCGGGAUCGGUGAAAGCGUCUCAUCCGCCAUGUGCGAGCGCCUCGCUCGUGAGGGCGGAGGGAAAUGCGCGAUGCUUCUGAACGCUGGUCGGACACGCGAGAUCGAGAGUGUCACCAUUGAUUGGCACGGUUUAGGGAGCCCACCAGCUGUCAAUUUUUCACCCUUGAAUCACCAUCACCCGCUUCCGCCCAGCGUCGUACAACUAGAGCCACCUCCUUCAAUGCAGCAAGGGCCGCCUACAAUCAGAAGCAUAUUCCCUGGAAUGCGCCUCAAUGUCUUCGCAAUCACUACUUUUAGUUCGAUUCCUCACGAGGUCAGGUUGCAUGCCAAGAUUAAAGACUCGGAAGAGGUUAUCGACGAUGUCGUACUUGUCACAGAGGUGAAACCAUUCAGGGACGAGUGGUCAUCCAUUCCACUCCUGCAUACCUUAGCUGCAAGACAACUCGUGGAGGACUUGGCAGAGGGUAGGGCGCCCCUUCCCAAACCUGUAACACCUGCUUCGGACAAGGACAUUAAAAAAGCGGCAAUCGUUCGCUUAGGACUUGGUUACCAGCUUGUGAGCCAGCAUACGUCCUUUUUUGCUGAAGAGUCAGGACAUGAGACAGCAAGGACGCUGCGACGGUCAAUGUCAUGGCAAAGGUCUCGGCGGCAGCAUGGCCACUCCAGUGCCACUGGUGAUCCUGCCGAUGAUGGUGCUCCAGAAACAGAUGUGUCCACCGCGCAGACCAUUUUGGACAGCUUGUCUCAGGCGGUUUACGCGGUGUUCAACUUCCUCUUCUCUGAUCCUCCCCCCACAACUCGAAGACGCCAGAAGCCGCUUCCUGGCACGUAUCAUUCCGCUGCACAGUCUCGCUCGGACUCGCCAUCCAUUCAAAGUGAAUAUUCAUAUCGACACGACAACUCGAGCACGGACACUUUCUCUACAUUGAGCUCAUUGGAAGGCUCUUCCACGAGUUCUAGAUGGUCUGACUCUCGGCCGCCCAGCCCUGUACCUCCUCCAGAAGAUCCAAUCCAGCGUGCGCCAUCUCCAGUCUUCAAUAUUGCAUCACCGGGGGCACGACCUCCAGCGCCUCCGCGCAUUGCACCACCCGUGCCAAAGGAAGCGUACGCUAUCAUCUCACUGCAGAACUUCGACGGCUCUUUCACGCCGUCGCCUGAAUUGGGUGCGCUUGUGGGCAUUGAUACGUUGGCCAAAGCAGGAGAACUGCAGGUCGAUGGGAAAGUAUGGGCGACUGCAGUCGUUGUUGCGUAUCUGAAGCAUCAUCUGGGUUCGCAACAGGAUUUAUUGGAUGCGUUGAUGAACAAGGCUCUGGAGUAUAUUAAUAGAGGUGGUGCGAGGCUGCUCGUUGGACGUGAUUUUUGGGACUUAGUGAAUACUGCGGGGCAGUCAGUGGGUUCGUGA